AUGAAAGGAGUGCCAAUACUGACUUCGCAGGCCACCACGAAACAACAAAGAGCGAUUGAACGAGUCGCAGCAGAACAUGUCACAGUAAAAACGCCGCUUACAAAGGAGGAAUUGCAACAGGCAGAAACCAUCCUGUGGCGACAAGUACAGUGGGAUAGUUUUCCGGAUGAAAUGAGUGCGCUCUCAAACAACUUGAAGCUAGAUCCGGGGCAGCCGAUAGAAGAGGUCAAAAAGAGUAGCCGUAUCUACAAAUGUUCACCGGUGCUUGACGACGAAGGUGUGCUGCGUAUGGAUGGUAGGCUAGCAAAUGCGGGUGAAAUAUCUUCCGACAAAAAACAUCCAAUCAUCUUAUGUCGUUCGCAUGGAAUAACCGCGAAGUUGAUUCAGCACUACCACGAGGAGUUUGGACAUGAGAAUUCGGAAACCGUGUUCAACGAGAUGAGACAGCGAUUCCAAAUCCCGAAACUGCGCUCAGCGAUUCAACGUGUGGUAAGAGUUUGCGUGUGGUGCAGGGUGAACAGAUGUCAGCCACGAAUCCCGAUUAUGGCUCCUUUACCAGUUGAGCCAUUGACCUCUCACUUGCGAUCCUUCAGCUCGGUAGGGAUUGAUUACCUUGGCCCAUUAGAGGUAACGGUUGGUCGUCGAAAGGAGAAAAGUCUCACCACUGAGUCCUGUCGGAUGGCCAUUAAUGGUUUCCAGAGAAAGUUUGGUAAACCAGCCCACAUCUUUUCGGAUAACGCAACAUGCUUUAGGGGCGCGAACAACGAGAUGAUGCGAAUGGAAAAAAUCAACCACAAGUCAGCGGAAAAAAUCGUUAGCCCCACCACUGCCUGGCACUUUAAUCCACCCAGCACACCGCAUAUGGGUGGUAUCUGGGAACGCAUGGUGCGCUCGGUCAAGGAGGCAAUGGCUGCGUUGGACGAUGGUCAGAAAUUGACGGAUGAGAUCCUGGUGAUGGCAUUGGCGAAGAUAGCGGACAUGAUUAAUACGCGCCCGUUGACAUAUUUACCACAAGACGCUGGAGAAACUGAAGCGCUGACUCCAAACCAUUUUCUGCGAGGAAUGGUAACCGGUGCUGAUUUGGAAGGGAACGAUGAAUCGACGAACCAGGCUGAAGUUCUAAGGAAUGUGUACAAACGCUCGCAGUAUCUAGCCGACAAGAUGUGGGAAAGAUGGAGGAAGGAGUACUUGCCCAUGGUGAAUCAGCGAACAAAGUGGUUCGGUGAACAAAAACCGAUCAAAAAGGGCGAUCUGGUGUUCGUGGUAGACGGUAAGAACCGCAAAGGCUGGAAAAUAGGAAUUGUGGAGGCGACAGUUAAGGGUUCAGAUGGACGGAUAAGACAGGCGGACAUGAGAUACGCUGAUGGCAGCAUACUGAGACGCGGCGUGGUCAACUUGGCGGUGUUGGAUAUUCGGAGAAAGGCAAAAAUUAGUCUUCACGUGACGAGUUUGUCAAAAGGGAAGUAUAAUGUCAAAAACACGGCACUUGUUGAUUCACAGACAAUAUUGAUGCCGCCUCUACACAUAAAACUAGGUUUAAUAAAGCGGUUUGUGAAAGCUUUAGGAGCUGAAUCUCCAGCGUUGCAAUACCUACAGCAAAAGUUCCUAAGGUUAACAACAGGAAUGGUAACAGCUGGUAUAUUUACAGGACCUUUAAUUCGUACUAUGUUAUAUGAUAAAGGCUUUUCUGAAACACUAAACGAAAUGGAAAAUCAUACUUGGGAAAAGACGCAGGUACACGACUCCCAAAAGAUGAAUUGUAGAGUGUCUUUGAAGCUUCAUAUUCUGAAAACUCAUCUAGAUAAGUUCAAAGAUAUUAUAGGAACAUAUUCUGAAGAACACGGCGAGCGUUUUCAUCCUGAUAUGUUGGGUCUAAAAAAAGCGCUGUACAUCGAAGAAUUCUGA